UGGCCUCUGGCAAAGAAUACCUAACAGACCUUGGUGGUGGACGGCAGUGAUGUGGCUAGCUGUGCUGAGCACUGUGUGUCUGCUGCCCGGCUGCCUGGCCUUGCCGCUGCCCGGGGACACAAAAGACAUGAGCCAGGCCCAGGACUACCUCAGAAGAUUUUAUUCAUCAAACUCAAAAGCAAAAGAUGUCAAUGAUUUUGAAGUAAAACUCAAGAAGAUGCAAAAAUUCUUUCACCUGCCUAUAACUGGCAUCUUAAAUUCCCAUGUCAUAGAAAUAAUGCAGAAACCCAGAUGUGGGGUGCCAGAUGUUGCAGAAUACUCACUAUUCCCAGAGAGCCCAAAAUGGACCUCCAAAGUAGUCACCUACAGGAUCACAUCGUACACUAGAGACAUGUCACCUGUUGUAGUGAAUCAGCUAGUUGCAAAGGCUUUUGAGAUGUGGAGCAAAGAGAUACCACUGAGGUUCAAGAGAAUUAGAUGGGGAGUUGCUGAUAUCAUGAUUGGCUUUGCAAGAGGAGCUCACGGGGAUGCUUAUCCCUUUGACGGACCUGGGCACAUCUUGGCGCAUGCCUUUGCCCCCGGACCAGGCCUGGGGGGAGACGCACACUUUGACAAGGACGAGUUCUGGACUGAUGGCAGCAAAAUAGGAAUUAACUUCUUGUUUGCUGCAACUCAUGAAUUUGGCCAUUCUUUGGGUCUGGGUCAUUCUUCUGACCCUAAUGCUGUGAUGUUCCCAACCUAUGGAAAUGGAGACCCUCAGGAUUUCAGACUUUCACAGGAUGAUAUUGAAGGCAUACAGAAAUUAUAUGGUAAUACUCAUUGUUUCAAAUAAGGGCAUUUCACACUGUCUUCUUGGGGAAUCCCUGGAUAAGAAUGAAGAGUGGAUAUUUGCCUGGAAAAACACAGUGAGACUUAAUAUCUGAUAGUUUAUUUGGGAAGAAAUAUGAAAUCUAAAUAUUAGAAAACUUGUCAAGCUAUUCAAGACUCCAAACUACACUAAGUUUUCAGUAACAGAUCAUCAAUUAAUGUGCUUUUAAAAGCAGUUUAUAAAGGAAAAAAAACAACAUAAUGAUAUCUUUAAGAUCACUGAUCAAUCUUUCCAGCAAAAUAUCAGGAUGAUAACAAAACACUGCUAAAAAAGAUCACUUAAAAAUCUUUGCAAGGGGAGUCGGGCAGU